AUGGGGGAAUAUAACAAUAUCUAUGAUGUUGAGACCGGAACUAUUGUUGCGGAUAAUACCAACAGUCCUGAAUAUGCUGCUUCUAUCUGCCCUGUCGACAAUCUUGUCAAGCUUCGAAAGUGGUCUGAUGUAACAUAUCUAGAGUGGCAGAAUUUAUGCAACAAAGCAGGAACUUCGGUUGACAGCCUGAAAUAUUUGAUUCGGAGUCUCAUUCAAAACCAACUCACGGCUAGUAUUAUCGCACAAGCACUCGGAGAGGAAUCAGACUUUGACGAGUGGAAGAAUUAUGAGGAUGGUGUUACUUUUGAGCACGGUUCUGAGAAGUUUAAUGCAUUGCUUGGAACUCCAAAUGGCUCGGGUUCUGCUUGGAUUCUUAUCCAGCAUAAAUCUCAGCUUGGGCUGAAGAGAAUCUCGAAGAUCAAAGUUUACGGUCAGCAAAUUGGUGCUUCAAUAUGGGAACCUGGAAUGUGGAUGGAAGUUGAGGAUGUAAAAGGAGAUAGCCAGUCUUGA